AUGGGUGACCCCUUCAUCACCCAAUCUGUUUCCGAGAACGCCAUCACCAAGAUGAACGACAUCAGCCAGAAGUUGGACCAGAAGCUUGGCAGCAUCCGCCAGGAACAGGGCCGCCUCUUCUCGUCCAUUAGCAACAUCCAAACACAGGUGCUAGAGAAGAACAGCCGCUUCGACGCCUCUGGUUCCUCGUCUGCCGGUGAUGGCAAGCACGGGCCGCCGCCGCCGCUGGUCAACAAGCUCCGUUCCCCAAAUACGAUGGCACCGAGGAUCCCCUGGGCUGGCUUCACAACCUCGCACGCCAUCGCGUUCCAGCCUUGCUGCCCAGUGCGCGGUCGCGCGCGUGUGUUCGCACAGGCGCGGAUGCCAAUGCGCGCCGCUGACGGGACAACACGGCCAGCCCUUCACCCAACCGCACACCGGCGUUAUCCCGCCCCUUUGUCGUGCAUCCUCGCUGCCCUAUCUACGCCAAGCUCCCCGGCCCCAGCUCACCGCCGUGCUCACCACGUCGCGCCCCCACACCCACCAGCGCCGCCGGCCAACCGCCGCACGGACAGUGACCAUACAAGCCUGACGCUCACCCACUCCGUGCGCAAGGCAAAGCGGGAGCAUCCCGCAACGAUCCUCCCCACCAAUCGCCGGCUGCGCGCCCACACCCCCUCCGCCAUGGCCAAUAGCCGCCACUAUCCCUUGCGCACCAAUGCUUACCGGCGCCAAUGCUCCACAAUGCGCAGCUGCGCCUCUCCGAGCGUCCCUAGCACCCUUCGCACCCCCAGCCGGCUAUAUAAGCCUUUAAUCAAGCUCGCCGGCGCACCUGCACGCAGCACACCGCCGUCGGAGCUCCUGCAGCGCUGCCGCAGCCCCCUCACCGUGGAGCCCCACCCUCCGAUGCUCUCCGCCGCCUCCCAGCCCUACCAGUGCACCACCAGUGACCCACUAGCCACUCGAGCUCCCCGUGCCCACUUCCGGCCAGUUCCGCCGCUGUACUCACCGGAACAGAGUCGCCCCGCCGCCGUGACCAGCCCGCCAUGGACCGCCGCCUCUGACCACCCUCCACCUUCGACUCCUACAGCCCGUAGGUCCUAG